CGCGUUUCCUUGGCAUUGUAGGUUAUGUUGCGCUAUAUUCGCGAGAGCAAACACGCAUUGUCGCGAUAGCGCGUAAAAUUCGCACUUGAAUCAAUCGUAGGGAAGUAGCGGUCGCGCGUGAAAAGCUUGGUUCACGAGUAACCGCACGAUCCCCCGGCGAAGUCGCCUCUGUCGCUUCCAUUGUCGACUUAAAUUCGUGCACAUUUGUCUAGAUUGCGCGUCUUGUCCGUUCUCCGGGUUAUUACGCAGCGGUCAUUCGUGCUCCUUAUCGCCAAGCAGCCCGGCGGAGAGGCGUCAGCGACGCGGAGCAAACACGAGCUUCUUUGUUUUCGGCGGAUCGAUUGUGAGACGCGCGAGAGCUUGACAAAAGAGAAGGAACCGAGAGAAGCACCGAGCAGCAACGUAGUAGCACAAUGUCAGCAUCUCCGAUCGCUAGACAGGCUACCCAGAGCCAGAGUAUACCGUCCAAGAGGGUCGUCAUUCAUGAUCCCAAUCAGUUGCCGGCCGAUUACUCUUCCACUCCCGGGGGCACUCUCUACUCCACGACACCGGGAGGUACACGCAUCGUCUACGAGCGCGCGUUUCUCAUGAACCUCCGGAACUCACCGAUAUCACGAACGCCGCCACGAAGCACACUGGCCAUACCGUCGGAAUUGCUGAAAGGCACACCAGCCAUCACAACGAAUCCCGCCAAAAAUGCUGAUAAAGACGCUCUGAUCGAGGAGUCCGCGGAGCAAUUUGAAAUGGAUAUGUGAUGUAAAUACCAGCGCUACCGCUACUGCCACUCGUGAUUGCGACGUGUGUUCUUAGCUAUGCUCGAAAGUCGAUGUCGCACGGCAUGCUUCGGAAGAGUGUGGCUUAACAUACCUGCCCAGGAUUCAAUUCUGUGCCUUUCACUGGUGUCUUUACUAAGGAUUACGACCUUUCAACAAGCGAUAACACCUUCGUCGCGGACGAAGCAACAUAUGUCUACUCCCAUAUGUAUUAUAUACAAUCCAUUUAAUUCUCGACGUUAGCGCCCGGCCGACGUGUGCGACACGUAUUGUAAUUUUUACGUGGCUAAGAACGGCUGUGGGCUUCGACGAUCGUGAUGUCUUCCCUUGAAAUCUGCUGACGCAAUAUUUUGUAAUCUGUUUCUUAAGGGACUUGUAUCUGCGAAUAAAUGAUACAUUUUAUACGAA